GAGCAGCGGCGGGCGAGCCAUGGCGCUGGGACUGCAGCGAGCGAGGUCCAGCACCGAGCUGCGCAAGGAGAAGUCCCGGGAUGCCGCUCGCAGCCGGCGCAGCCAGGAGACCGAGGUGCUGUACCAGCUGGCGCACACGCUGCCCUUCGCGCGCGGCGUCAGCGCGCACCUGGACAAGGCUUCCAUCAUGCGCCUCACCAUCAGCUACCUGCGCAUGCACCGCCUCUGCGCCGCAGGAGAGUGGAACCAGGUGGGAUCAGGGGGUGAACCACUGGAUUCGUGCUACCUGAAGGCCCUGGAGGGCUUCGUGAUGGUGCUCACCACGGAGGGAGACAUGGCUUACCUGUCAGAAAAUGUUAGCAAGCACCUGGGCCUCAGUCAGCUGGAGCUCAUCGGACACAGUAUAUUUGAUUUCAUCCAUCCCUGCGACCAAGAGGAGCUGCAAGACGCCCUGACCCCCAGUCCCAGCCUAUCCAAGAAGCCGGAGGCCCCCACGGAGCGGUGCUUUUCCUUACGCAUGAAGAGCACCCUCACCAGCCGCGGGCGCACCCUCAAUCUCAAGGCGGCCACCUGGAAGGUGCUGCACUGCUCUGGACAUAUGAGAGCCUACAAGCCCCCCGCACAGACGUCCCCCGCUGGAAGCCCCCGCUCAGAGCCCCCUCUACAAUGUCUGGUGCUCAUCUGUGAAGCCAUCCCCCAUCCGGGCAGUCUGGAGCCCCCGCUGGGCCGGGGGGCCUUCCUCAGCCGCCACAGCCUGGACAUGAAGUUCACUUACUGUGAUGACAGGAUUGCAGAGGUUGCUGGCUACAGCCCUGACGACCUGAUUGGCUGUUCUGCCUAUGAGUACAUCCAUGCGUUGGAUUCAGAUGCAGUCAGCAGGAGCAUCCACACCUUGCUGACCAAGGGCCAGGCAGUAACCGGGCAGUACCGCUUCCUGGCUCGGAGUGGUGGCUACCUGUGGACUCAGACCCAGGCCACAGUGGUGUCAGGGGGCCGGGGUCCCCAAUCGGAGAGCAUUGUCUGUGUCCACUUCCUGAUCAGCCGGGUGGAAGAGACUGGAGUGGUCCUGUCCCUAGAGCAAACGGAGCGACACUCUCGCAGACCCCGUCAGCGGGGCACCUCCUCUCAGAAGGACGCCUCUAAUCCUGGGGCCAGGCUUGACGCCCCUGGUCCCCGGAUCCUGGCCUUCCUGCACCCCCCUGCCCUGAGUGAAGCUGCUCUGGCUGCUGACCCCCGCCGAUUCUGCAGCCCUGACCUCCGUCGCCUCCUGGCACCCAUCCUAGAUGGGCCCUCGGGAGCCGCCACACCCAGCAUGCCACAGGCUGCACAGCGUCCCCAAAGUCCUCUUCCGGCUGAUCUCCCUGAUGAGGUACUUGUGGGCAUGGAGCAUGCACGCAGACUCUUCGCCACUGGGAAGAACCUGGAGUCAGGGGAGACAGAUCUAGAUAUAGCUCAGGAUGCCGACGCCCUGGACUUGGAGAUGCUGGCUCCAUACAUCUCCAUGGACGACGACUUCCAGCUCACCUCCAGCGAGCAGCUGCCCAGGGCCCGCCAAAGACCUGCAGGUGCCAUCCGCCGGCCCCGAGCGCGGAGCUUCCAUGGCCUGUCACCCCCAACCCCUGAGCCCACCCUGCUGCCCCGCUGGGGGAGUGACCCCCGACUGAGCUGCUCCAGCCCUUCCAGAGGGGACCCCUCAGCACCCUCCCCUGUGACCGGGGCUCGGAAGAGGGCCCUGGCCCAGAGCUCAGAGGACGAGGGGGCAGAGCUGCUGGGAGUGAGGCCCCCCAAAAGGCCCCCCAGCCCAGAAUCCGGAAACUUCCUGCUGCCUCCUCUCAGCCUGAGUUUCCUUCUAACAGGAGGACCCGCCCCAGGAAGCCAGCGGGAUGCUGACGCCCCACUCUUGGACAUGAAUGAGCCCUUGGGCCUGGGCCCCUCGCUGCUCUCUCUCUACCCUGACGAAGACGCCGCUCAGCCCAGGAGCCACUUCACCCCAGCCGCAGGCUUGGCGCAGGUCCACUGAGCCAGCCCUCCGC